GCUCUCCUCACCGCGCAGCUUUUCUAAUUCCUCCUCCUCAAAAAAAAAGUGUGUCCGGACCAAAAAACUGCAACAUUCCUGAGGACUACUUUUUAAACUGCUGGUGAACGUAUCAUUCCUACAGAGCAGAAGAGACACUUUGGACCAACACCUGGGCAGCGUUUACUUCCUGGUUAUAUAACUUUUUUCUUUGCACUUGAACGACUCCUUUACAUUCCAAAGACUUUGGACCAACAUUUUUGUCUUUUUUUUCAGAGUUCUUAGUGUUUGACUCUAACUAGACCAAAUAAGCAGGUCACUGUCGCGACUUUUUUUAUAUUGCACAACCCAGAAAUAGUCUUAACUGCGUUUUUUCCCCUUUACGCGUAGUGUUAAAUUAAGUAACCAAACAGGCAAUAAUGGCAGGUUUGAACUCUCUGGAUGCUGUGAAGAGGAAGAUUCAGAGUUUGCAGCAGCAGGCCGACGAUGCAGAGGACCGGGCUCAGGUCAUACAGAGAGAGCUGGACAGUGAACGCGAACUCCGGGGGAAAGCGGAGGGAGAUGUAGCCGGUCUGAACCGUAGGAUCCAGCUGGUGGAGGAGGAACUGGACCGAGCCCAGGAGAGGCUGGCCACGGCGCUGCAGAAGCUGGAGGAGGCUGAGAAGGCCGCGGACGAGAGCGAGAGAGGGAUGAAGGUUAUUGAGAACCGAGCGGGUAAGGACGAGGAGAAGAUGGAGAUCCAGGAGAUUCAGCUAAAGGAGGCCAAACACAUCGCAGAGGAGGCCGACCGCAAAUACGAGGAGGUGGCCCGUAAGCUGGUGAUCCUGGAGGGAGAGCUGGAGAGAGCCGAGGAGAGGGCCGAGCUCUCAGAAUGUAAAGCCGCUGACCUGGAGGAAGAGCUGAAAAAUGUGACCAACAACCUGAAGUCCUUAGAAGCCCAGUCUGAGAAGUACUCAGAAAAAGAAGACAAGUACGAGGAGGAGAUCAAAGUCCUGACUGACAAACUGAAGGAGGCUGAGACCCGUGCAGAGUUUGCAGAGAGGACAGUGGCUAAACUGGAAAAGUCCAUUGAUGAUCUGGAAGAUAAACUAUCACGAGCCAAAGAGGAGAAUCUUGGCAUGCACCAAGUCCUGGAUCAGACCCUGCAGGAACUGAACAGCUUAUAAACACACAGAGAGGAAGCUGGAGAGGAUGAGAUCGUCACGUAACAUUCCUUUAAUGUUCGACUCCAUUCCACAUUUCGAGCUGUAAAAUCUCUAUUCCCCGUGUGAAGGGGGAUUAACUUAAUGCUUGUCCCUUGAUGUUUUUUUUCUUUUCUAAGAUCUAUCUAAGAUGGGAAGUCAUUUUGACCCCUUUGCUUAUUUUUCAGUUUCUUUUUUAUCUCCACUUGUGAUUGCAGAAAUUGUCCCCCAGAAUUUUUUUUUUGACCACUUUAUUUAGAAACACCUGGCAAUUUCAGAUUUGGUCACUCAACCACUUAACCUGGCUCGAUUUUACAUGUUUACGUGCACAUACAUUAAGCCUCUGUCUGAUUAUUGUAACGCAUGUGCUCAGAUGGUGUUGGGUUUCGCUCCGGCUACAUUAGCUUGGCUCUGAAGUGCCACCUAGUGGUGAUGGGAAGUUACACAGCAGUUUUUUUUUUUUAAAUCAAGCUGUACCAGAAGCUACACACACUCGGCUUAAGGGUGCUUGUCUUAUUCUCAUGAAUCUGAGUUCAACAGUAUGAAAUGGAAAGCUUUCAUUGAUUGAUAAAUUGGUCAAGGUACAUGCUCAGUCACUCUCAACUUCUUUACAUGUCAUUAAUGCAAACCUCUAAUCAUCCUGAGGCCGUCAUGUUGCAGACGCAUUUUAUUUAUGUGCAUCAAAUGUUUUAUACCCUAUUUUUAGUGUGGGAAUCUGCAGAAGCUGAGAGCUGUGCAUGUACAUUAUCAAUCGGUGAAGCUGUACUAUCUUAACCUGACAUGACACUCUUCUUCAUUGCCAACUAUAUGCCAUAAUGUAGCCACUAUUUACAUUAUAUUGAUCUACAUGAGCGAGCUGAAGCCCAAACCACUGGAAGCUCACAUCAAGUCUUAUCAACCAUGGAUACUUAUUGUAUAUAGUAGAAUAAUGUUAGGUAUUUGAGAAAUUGUAUUGCUCUGAUUCUUUUCUUUUUUGGUUUUGUUUCAUUUACACCACUUCUUAUUUUUGUGCCAGGGAAACUCUCAAGACCAAAGAACACACACACAUAACAGACAAUAAAUAAAUUCUUAAAAUGUUUUACUUUAUUUGUGUUUGUUUGUGAUGGACGUCAUGGUUUCAUCUCAUGCCAGGGCCAUGAAAAGCGCAUCACACGUGACCGAGGCCAUUUUGAAUUAUUUUAUUCACCAACCCUCCCCCCCCCC